GAAAACAGGGCUUAUCUGUUACGUUCUGUUGUUUGCAGAACAUAUCAGGCGGCAUGGGCGCGCGGAAGUUUUUCGUCGGUGGCAAUUGGAAAUGUAAUGGAACGAUCAAACUGGUGGAGUCCUUGGUGGAAACUUUGAACAAAGGGGAGAUCCCGGAUACUGAUGUCGUUGAGGUGGUAGUGGCACCAACAGCUGUCCACAUCCCACUUGUGCAGUCCAGCCUGCGCAAGGACUUCGCCAUAGCUGCCCAGAACGCAUGGGUCAAGGGAUCUGGCGCGUACACUGGAGAGCUCAGCGCGGAGAUUCUGGCAGACCUUGGCCUGCCCUGGGUCAUCCUGGGCCACUCAGAGCGCAGAUCACUCAUCGGCGAGUCCAGUGAGCUGAUUGCGGACAAGACCAAGUACUGCCUGGACAAGGGGCUGGGGGUCAUCCUGUGCAUUGGAGAGUCUCUCGAGGAACGCGAGGCCGGCAAGACCUUUGAGGUGGUUGCUGGCCAGCUGGCACCCGUGGCAGGCAAGAUCAGCGACUGGAGCAAGGUGGUCAUCGCCUAUGAGCCCGUCUGGGCCAUCGGUACCGGCAAAGUUGCCUCCCCAGAGCAGGCCCAGGAGACGCAUGCAGACAUCCGGGGAUGGCUGGCGGACAAGGUGUCCGCUGACGUGGCGGCCUCCACGCGCAUCAUCUACGGCGGCUCGGUGUCGGCCGGCAACUCCGACACGCUCGCGACGGCCGCUGACAUCGACGGGUUCCUCGUCGGGGGUGCCUCCCUCAAGCCCGACUUCAUCAAAAUCAUCAACUCCGCCACCAAGGCCUGAUCAGGCUGUGCAUGAAGAGGCUCCAGGCCUCUUGCAGGUGGCUAGGCAGCGACAAGGGCAGGCAGGGUUCAGCAGACCUCAGGUGGCGAUACAGCGAUGACAAGUGGUGCUGACGGGAUGCGAGUGCGGCUCAGUACGUACAGCGUUCUGCACACUGUGGCAGACUGGUCUACUGGUCAUCAAUAAAUGAUGGGAUUUGUCAGGAAUUAAGAGUGUACCGACUGCUUGCGCUGCUUGUGCCUCUCAGUAACUUAUUUGGGUGCUUGCUGGUUGCACAUUAGUCUGGGUACCUACCGGUGAGGUCCAGAUGAAGGUGCCACCCCUAUUGCUUCAGAAUUGAUAUGUUCUUUUUAUUGCACACCACAGCCACGUUGGAUGAUCGCGUUAUCUUGAUUUAUACUAGGGUACAAAUUCAAUUUGAAUAUUGCUGUACAGUAGAUGGGGCCAGUCAUCCGUAAGGUUACUCCCAGUGAUAAUUUAUAUCGAUGAGUUACAAGGCACAGAAUCUAUUCAAUUGGGAUAAUUUGCAAGGAACUCCAUUCAUGCGGAGGUAAUGAGGAGGUCUUUUCUCUGUAAUGUACACAAUUGCAAGAAUGGCAGGCGUCAAUGUUCGUCCUAUCAUGCUCGUGCCCUAGACGGCUGUGAACAGAUGUGUGAUCUUCUUUGCUUGUGUUCAGGCCUUCUGCUGGCCUUGCACAGUGUCCACAUAUUCCUCCACGAUGGUCUCAAUCUUGUGUCCUGCAGGGACGUCCCAUGGCUUCCAUUCUGCCAUUUUGGGUAUGAGGCCCAGCUCGUCGUCACACUGCUUUAUGAGUUGCUCCAGCUGCAUCGUGAACUGCUCCUCCACCUCUUCAUCUGAGGCUCCUGACUCAACAGCCCUCAUCCUGAAGUUGUAUGUUGCUUCAAUGGCUUUCCUGUAUUCUGUUUCUUCAGGGAUCUGCUCCGCAACCUCUCCCAGCACCUUGUUUAUCUUGUCCUUCAGGACUUCUCGUGCAUUAGGUACAACAGGAAGUCCCACAAUUCCAGUGUCUAGCUUCAGGCCUCUUGCCUGCAAGAUUGCUGCAGUAGGUCUAACAUUCCACAACAGACGGCCGGCCAAUCGCUGACCUGCGCUCCUUAACAUUGCACCGAUGCCAGCUUCCCCAAAAAGGCUGCGAAAGAAUCUGACCUCUGACCCCAAGCGUCAGAUCGGGGUGCAGACACCCAGACAGAGGACAAUGCCACCGCCCUGUACGAAAAUGGUCUCAC